AUGGAGACUGGACACUACGUCAACUCACCAGUGGUGGAAAACAGGAACGGAGGGGAAGGGAGAGAAAGUCAUUCAGAUGAGUUUUGUAACAGGUACGUUAACAACUCGACUGACAAUUUCACCCUGAUGUCAGCCAGUAAUGUCAGUGGCCUGAUUUCUGAGAGAGACCAACUGCGGCAGGACAGAGACCGACUGCUAAAAGAGAAAGACGGACUGCUUCAAGAGAGAGACCAACUGCUUCAAGAGAAAGACGGACUGCUUCAAGAGAGAGACCAACUGCUUCAAGAGAAAGACGGACUGCUUCAAGAGAAAGACCAACUGCUUCAAGAGAAAGACGGACUGCUUCAAGAGAAAGACCAACUGCUUCAAGAGAAAGACGGACUGCUUCAAGAGAGAGACCAACUGCUUCAAGAGAAAGACGGACUGCUUCAAGAGAGAGACCGACUGCUUCAAGAGAGAGACCGACUGCUAAAAGAGAAUAAUCAACUGACUGAAAAUAGAGACGGACAGAUUCAAGAUCUGAUAAGCAAACCUUGUGAAAAGCAAAAGAGAGAAACAUUAGCAAUGGCGUCUGUUUUUCCGUUAGAGGAUUUGCAUUGCUCUAUCUGUCUGACUAUCUUCACUGAUCCUGUUACUCUUCACUGCGGUCACUCUUUCUGCAGAAAAUGUAUUAUAGAUGUUGUGAACACACAGCAUCAAUGCCCGCAGUGUCGGUCAGGUUCGGUAUCACUUACCCCAGAAUCUCUUCAAACGAGCCAUAUAUUGAAACACCUCGUUGAAAAGGCAAAAGAAGCUGAGAAGAAGAAAGAGCAUGGAAGUGAAAGAGCAAAGGUGGCUGAGUUGAUGUGCCCCGAACAUGACGAAAAGCUGAAACUGUUCUGCGUCACUGAUCAGCAGCUAGCUUGCAUCAUAUGCCGCGAUGGGGAGAGGCAUGAAGGACACAACUUCAAACCAAUCAGAGAAGCCGCUGCAUCUCUGAGGAAGGAGAUGGAGAAGGGUGUAGAGUACCUUCCUGCUGAUAUCCACGCCAUAGAGAGCCACGCCAACUCACAGAGGGAGGAAAUAACUAAAACCAAGGAGAAGUCUCAUCAGUUAAUGACCCAAAUCUCCAGAGAAUUUGAGGAGAUGCAUCAGUUUCUGAGAAAGAGAGAAGAUGAGAUCAAGAAAGAACUUAAACACAAAGAAGACGACGCUGUCAAGAAAAUGAGCAAGAACUUAAAAGCUAUAGAAACAACUUUGUCAGAAAGCAGAGAGCUGGAGGGGAAGGUGACCUCAGCUCUGACUGUUACUGACCCAGAGAGGUUCCUAAAGAUCUGGACGGAGGGUAACAGCAUGACUCCAGAAGAUUUAUUCAGGCCGAGAGCAGAUGAUCUCAUGGUGGUGAAUACGUCUCUGUGUCUGGGGCCUUAUGCAAGUCACCUGCAGUUCUUCAUGUGGAAGGAGAUGCUUCAGGUAAUCCAACCUCGAGAAGAAGUGCUGUCACUCAAAAGCAACAGUGCGAAUAUAACUGUGUGUGAUGAUGGGAGAAGUUUGUUGUGUACUACCAACCAACCAACCAAGAGCCAAUGGACAACUACAGCAAUGCCAGCUUUUGGAGGUGUUAUUGGAGCCAAAAGCAGCGUGGCUUUGGGCUUUAGCUCCGCCUUUAACCAAAACACCAUGGGCUCUUUUGGAAACGCAAGCAGUUUUGGGGGUAGUGCUUCUGGGGGUAGUGCUUUCGGUUUUGGUCAACCUGCUGUCCAAUGUGAAGACAUUUCUCUCUCAUCUACAUUAAGCACCGACCAUGUAUUCAGUGUCAAUAAGUUCACCUCAGGGCAGCAUUACUGGGAAAUAGAGGUUGGACAGAGGAAUUAUUGGGAACUAGGGGUAAAAGAUAACUUCCUAAAAUACGAUGGCCAAAAAUGUACCGCCUGUAGUCCAAAUUUAGACAGAGAGGUGGUGGUGGUUGAAGGCAAACCUAGAAAGAUUGGGGUUUACCUAAACUGCUCAUCCAUGAAUCUCUCCUUCUACAAUGCAGACAACAUGUCACAUAUUCACACCAUGAGCUCUGAUAAGGCGUCCAUGCCGGUGUCUGCGCAUUUUAACGUGACAGCUGAUCCUAACCGCCUGACAGUGUGCUGGUACUGA